AGACAUGUAUAAAUUUUCUAUAUGUAUAUUUAUUAUUUUUAUUAUUCCUUGAUCUCUUUUCCACGAGGGGCCUAACGAUACCGCGCUUAUUAAUGCUUAUUAAGUACUUCUAUAUGCAUGACAUAUGUACAAUGUAUGUAUGCAUGUAUGUAUUGCACAUGUAUGCAAAGAAAUAUAUACCCCGAUAUAUACUGAUUUUGUGACUUACUGCGCAUGUGCGAGUAUCUCCUAACUUUACAGGAUAAAAGGCGGGAAGAAAGCUGCAUGGUGUGGUGAUUUUCAGUCAUUUCCAGUGAUAUGACGCGAUGGCAAACGAAUUUCCAGAUUUGGAUGAGGAAUUUGACUGUAUCCAUCAAGCGGACUAUGAAGCUUUGAGAGAAUUGGAGGGUGAAUUGUUCGAAAAGAGACAAUUGUCACAACCUGGCCCUAGUUCUAAUAAUAGCAGAAUAUCUCCAAGUGGAAAUAAACAUCAAGCAGAUGUUGAAAAUCCUGUGUUUGUUAAUGUUGAUAAAGUCAAUAAUGCAACAAGCAAUAAUAAGAAACGAAGUUAUGAAGAAUUAUAUGGUGAUGCUGUACCUAGUUGUAGUAAGAAACGCAGUUAUGAAGAAUUGUUUGGUGAUAUCUCUGAUUUCUUAGAGAAAGAUAUCUCAGUUGAUACCAAUAUUGUGGAGGAACCAAGAGAAAAAAAGGUUCGAUGGGAUCAACCUGAAGAUGUCAUUAAGAAAAUAUUGGAUGCAAGACAGUUGCUGCUGGAAUAUAAUGGAAAUACAUCACAGAAGAUAAGUAGCAAUGAUAAGAAAAAUUCAAUUUCUUUACGAGUUCCACUCGAGUGGAAUUUUGUGGCUGUCACGAGAUCAUAUGAUUCUCAACGCUUAUACAUCAGAGUCAGAAAUCCACAGAAUGAUGUUAAGCAGUCCACAAGGCCAAUUGCUAAUCUGUUUUCGACACCUUAUAAACAAUUGAAAACUCAGGCUAAAGAAAUUUUGGCAAGAAAACAGGAGUUAUCAAAACAAUCAUUGUCAUCUGAUCUAUGUAGUACAAAGAAUAUAAUUAACGAUGAAUUGUGGGUCGAUAAAUAUCGACCUCGAUCAUAUUUAGAAUUAUUGUCAGACGAAACUGUCAACAGACAAUUUUUACAUUGGUUGAAACUUUGGGAUAAAAUAGUAUUUAAUCGAAAUAUUACAAAGCCAAAGAGAAAACAGGCGCCUAUGUUUGGAAAAAGAAAUAAUGACAAUGAAAAUAGUAUCGAGGAAGUGGAUAGCAAAGGAUAUCCAAUAAAAAGGAUAGCCUUACUCAGCGGUCCACCUGGAUUGGGAAAAACGACUCUAGCACAUAUAGCAGCCAAACAUGCUGGUUAUAAUGUCGUAGAAAUUAAUGCGAGUGAUGAAAGGUCUCCAGAGACGUUUAGACAGAUUCUUCUUGCAUCAACAGAAAUGAAAGCUGUGAUGGGCGCUGAUCCCCGCCCGAAUUGUUUAAUUUUUGAUGAGAUCGAUGGUGCACCGGCUGCAUCUAUCGAGCUUUUAUUAAAGUUUAUUCAAGGUAAAUUGUUAUUGAAAAGUAAAAAGAGAAAGGGACAAUCAGAAAAAACAUCAACCGAUGGCUGUACACGCCCUGUAGUAUGCAUUUGUAAUGAACCAUAUACUCCAUCGUUAAGAGCGUUAAGAGCUGCUGCUGUAAUAAUUCCAGUACCGGAAGUAAGCCCUUUAAGAUUAGCAGAACGUCUAAUGGAUUUGGCGAGGAAAGAAAAGUUAAAUGUAGACUUUGGUGAUCUAGUAAAAAUGGCAGAAAGAUCCUGCUGUGAUGUUCGAGCUUGCAUAGGGGCAUUACAAUAUAUGGGUAGCGCCAAUUUGAAAGAUAAUUUAUCUCUAAAUCUAAAAGACACUCGUAAGAAUUUGUUUGAUUCGUGGAGAAGUAUACUAACGAUUCCCAUGAACAAAGGAGGGAUUCUUCCUAUUCCUGAAAGAAUCCAGAAUAUUUUGACAAUUGUGCAAAAUGGUGAAAUGGAAAAGUUGGCACAAGGAAUAUUUCAUAAUUAUCCUGAAGUCUGUGAUCGGAAACUUGAUAAUGUAUCUCUGUCUCUGGAAUGGUUUCAAUUUUACGAUUUAGUAACGUCGCUCAUUGCACACAAGCAGAUUUGGUCACUUAUGCCCUAUACAAAUUAUGGAUUUAUUGCAUGGCACUUGUAUUUUGCACGUACACAGAAAACGAAAUUAUCAUAUCCUACUGUUAUCAGCGAAGUAUUUCAAAAAUCGGCGAAGAAUACAGGUAUUUUAACGGCGAUACGAAGAGUGUGCGGACGGGAUGUUUUCACUUUAAUUACGGAUAUCGCUGGUUUUUUGCCGGACAUUCUAGCGCCUAGAUUGCGUACAGUUCCUUCUCAUUUGUAUUCGCCGAAAGAAAAGACUGAUCUUUCCAGAAUAGUAAACUUGAUGCUUGAAUUUGGUUUAUCGUUUGUGCAAGAGAAAAGCCCUCAGGGAGGUUACAUCUAUAAUUUAGAUCCUAAUAUUUUGGAAGUUGGCGUUUUUCCUGAUUGUAAUAUGCAUCGAAGUCUCGCAUACGCGGUACAGCAAAUAAUCGCACAAGAAUUGGAGGUCGAACGUUUGAAGCAUGCGAGUAUCUUAGCUGGAUUCGAUGGAGUUGGCUCGAAAAACACAACAAAUUCAGAAAAACAAAAAGUGUCCGAAAUUACAGAAAUUGUUCAAAACAAAUCUUCUAAUCUUGCAAAAAAUACAAAACAACCUGGAAAAAACUUGACAUCAUUGAAAGAAAUUGUAUACAAAGACUUUUUUGGAAAUAUUAUUACAAAUGAACAUGAAAAUACUCAGAAGCAGAAUAAAAUGAAUCGUAUAUCUCCAAAAACACAGAAAAAAUAUUCUCUGAUGCAGAACAUUUUAACGAAACAUGGAAUAUGGUACAAAUAUAAAGAAGGUUGCAACAAUGCUGUUCGCCGAAGUGUAUUCAUGGAGAAACUUUUAUAGAUUAAUUUAAUUAACUGCAAGUACGACUGUGUUCUUGUGUCUUUAUUGCUUUUAAGAAAAUAUGAACCAUGCUCUUUAUACAUAUACAUACAUACGUACAUACAUACAACAUACAUACAUACAUACAUACAUACAACAUACAUACAUACAUACAUACAUACAUACAUACAUACAUA